UGAUUGCCCUGUUUUUCUUUUGGUAGCUGAUUUCUAAAGCAGUUGUUGUAAGUUAUUGUAACCCUGUUAUUCUGGUGAAGAAAACUCACAAGUUCCCACCAAAGUUAGAUACAAGUGGGCAGGAAAAAGAAGAACAAACCCCAAAACACAAGCAAAAACCACAGAUUGAGAGAAAACUGCAAUCUUCUCUCUUUUAUCUGGAACCACAUUGCAUUGUCUUCAAACCCCAAAUGGAUUUAACCUUGAAACCAUUCUCUCUCUGUUUUGCAGCACUACUAUUGCUACUACUAUCAUCUGCAAACCCAAUUAAUUCUGACUACAAUACCUUGGUAUACAACCAAUGCGCAAAUCAGACAUUCACUGCUCCUCCAACACAACAAACCCUUUCAUCCCUUUUCCAAGAACUAAUUGCACACUCCUCCCAAUCAAAGUUCUUCAAACACACCCAAGCCACCGGUGACGAUGACGAGACGGGCAUUUCCGGUCUCUUCCAAUGCAUACAGGACAUCAGCAACGAAGAGUGUCAGAGCUGCGUUUCCACUCUACCUGAUUUAUCAAACACCUUAUGUAGAGAGUCUGUAUCGGCUCGGGUUCAGCUACAUGGUUGCUACAUGCAUUAUAAGCUCGUUGGGUUCGAUUCAGAGUCUUCAAAUCAUAAAUUAAUGCAUAAGACCUGUGGGGAAUUAUCAAAUGGGUUCGCUGGUGGGUUCGAGGAGAUGAGAGACGCAGCAUUUGCAGCUCUGGAAAGUGGUAUUGUGAUGAAUGGUGAUGGGUUCUACAAAACGAGCUAUGAAGCAGUACAAGUAAUGGCACAGUGUGUGGGGGGCUUAGGGGGCUGUGAAUGUGGAGAGUGUGUAAGCAGUGCAGUUCAAAUUGCUGAAGCAGAAUGCGGUGCUGCUCUUUCAGGUCAAAUUUAUUUGGAAGAGUGCUUCUUGAGCUAUACUUACCAUCCAGAUGAAAUACCUGACCACCCACAUCCAGAAAAAAGAAGAGACAGAAAUGGAAGCAAUGGGAAAUCGGUGGCAAUUGUUGUGGGAGGAGCAGCAGCUUUGUGUUUGGGGUUCAUUUUUAUCUUGUUCGUCAAGUCUUGGUCAAAGAAAGAAGAUGACUAAAUUCAAUUGAUUAUUACAAAACAAAGUUUAUUUAUUUAUAAAAACGUUUUAAAGUCACGGACUCGGGUGCGCAUGU